AUGACUAGAUUUGGAAUAUUUUCUAAUGUUGAUGGGAAGCUUUGGAGUUGUGGCUGCUAUGGGGUUUUACAUGUGGUGGGUGAUGACAGAGAUCGUGGCCUGGUGGAAGAGGGGAUUUUCAUAGGGUUAUGUAUAGCGAAGAUCGUGACGCGAAAGAUGAGAGAACUUACCUGGUGGCUAGUGGACGAUGGACAGCGUGCUACGGCAAGUGAAAGAGAUGAGUGGCCUCAGAGAGAGAGAAGAGAGCGUAAGGAAAUUCUGGCUGUUUGGGCCAAAAAUUGGUGCCUUUAUGGAGGGGUUUAUUU